AUGCUUGAAACGAUCGCAGCUUUCGGCAUAGUCGAAGAAGGAGAGCCAAGCUAUGAGCAGUUCGCCCACCUCUAUAGCGUGACGAAGGUGAAGAGUGCCGAUCAAAGGGGGUGGGUGCAGUCGAAUUGCCUUUCAGCAGGUCAGCGAGGGCACUUCGUGGUCGGGGUGCCGAGCUCUCAGAAGAUCUGGCGUCUGCGUCGGGUGUUGAUCUCCGGAGCUUGGGAGUUUGCAUCAGGGGUGAUUAUGGUGAGGCACAUCCCCACGACCUUUCAAACAGUCGGUAGGCUGUCCUUGAAUAGGCCGAUUGCAAAAAAAGAGGGAAGUGGAAGUAAUCAACGCGUUCGGACUUUGCUUGACUUCGGCAAUAUGUUCAAGGCGGGAUUGAUCAGUGAGGCCAAGCACGCCAGAAGGCAGAAGGAAAAAGAAGAAGAGGAGAGGAGGAAAAUGGCUGGUGGUGGGCCAAUGAAUGAAGGUACAAGGAGGCGGCUGGAGUCACAAGCCCCCCUAAAGAAAAAGGACGGCUCACAGAGGCCGAGGACGAAACCGCCAUGUUAG